GUCUGCACGCUGGAGCUGCUGCUGGGGAGCGUGCGUGCCUGCUCCUGCGUACGCUCGGCUGCUCCGCAUCACAGCACAGAUGGAAACCCAUCAUCUCUAACGCAUUUACCUACAGGUUGGACCUAUGAUGAGCGCACCCUUCGCAGACCAGAACUGUCACCGAGCUGCUUUUCAUCCCUGCAUCAUGGAGGCUCAGCCUGGUGCAUCAUGGGAGCUCAUCAGCGGUGUGAAGGAUACGAUGCACGAGGGCUGAGGGGUCGUCAUGGAGACUGGCAGCUUCACCUCGGGUCCGGCCACCACUGAAUGGGUGGGAACGCCGGCCGGGCUUGGGGGCUCGUCCGGGACCCCCGCGUCCUGGCACACGCCGUACUCGCUGGGCUUCCAGGUGUCGCUCACCGCCUUCCUCAUGCUGGAGCUGGUGCUGGGCUUCAGCAGCAACCUGACCGUGCUGGUGCUCUACUGCUCCCAGUCCAACCUGGUGGACUCAGUGAGCAACAUGGUGACGGUGAACCUGCACGUGCUGGACGUGGCGGUGUGCGUGCUGUGCAUGCCCCUCACCCUGGUGGUGGUGCUGCUGCCCCCGGGGCCCAACCUGGCUCUGCUCUGCUGCCUCCACGAGGCGUGCGUGACCUUCGCCAGCAUCGCCACGGCCAUCAACAUCCUGGUCAUCAGCCUGGACCGGUACGACAUCUCGGUCCGGCCGGCCAACCGGCUGCUGACCACGCGCAGAGCCGCGCUGCUCCUGGCCGCCGUCUGGCUCACGUCCGUCGCCGUGUUCUUCAUCCCGCUGCUGGAGGUGCAGUGGUGGCCCGUGGGGGGGGCGGAGGAGACGGAACAGGGGACGUCACACGGCGGCGGAGUCCCAGCGGGGCCGGCGUGGCGUAACAGAACCCUCCUGUGUGUCGGCGGGCAGGGAUACCACACCGUCCUGGGGAUGUAUUACCAUCUCCUCCUGCAGGUGCCCAUAUUUUUCACCACCGUGGCGGUCAUGCUGUUCACCUACUCCCGAAUACUGAGGGCUUUAAACAUCCGCAUCGGCUCCCACAUGAGGAAGGGCCAGCGGUUCCGGGGGCACCGCAAAAGACUGAAGAGAAGGGGGGGCCUCAAAAUGAAUGAUGGUGGGGAGGAAGGCGCGGAACCGUGCACCGCGGACGGGACCAAGCAGCUCAGCCACCCCCCUCUCAUCUCCUCCCCAUCCCCCACCCCGACAGCCACCUCCCCCCCUGCGGUGUCUGCCGUGGUUCCCCUCGUCACCCAUGAGGCAGCUGCUGCCGCUCCCCUGCCGGCCUCCGUGGGCGUCCACGCCUCCGUGUCCGCCAUCAUCGCCCUGCGCCGCGCGGUGCGGCGGCACCGGGAUCGCCGGGAGCGCCAGAGGCGGGUGUUCAGGAUGUCCCUCAUCAUCAUCACCACCUUCCUGGGCUGCUGGGCCCCCCUCUCCGUCACCAACGUGCUGAUCCUGGGCGCCGGGCCCAGCGACGCCCUGGUCAGCCUGCGGCUCUGGUUCCUGGCCCUGGCCUACGGCACCACCGUCUCACACCCCUUGCUGUAUGCGUUCACUCGGCAAAAACUGCGCCGCGCCCUCCGCACCAAGGUGAAGAAGAGGGUGGUGUCCCUGCUGCAGGUGGACCCCUCGCCGGGGGGCACGGUGAUACACAACUCCUGGGUGGAGAACAGGAAAACCAGCCGGCUGGUGCAACUGGAAGCAAGCGAAGGCACGGACCGCCACCUGGCUGAGCCCCUGUGAGACUCCGGCACCUGGACAAAGCUGGUACAAUUAAAAAGCAGAGUCGCAGGUGUGUUCUAUUAGGAAACUCACUCAUGCAAGAAGAAGGAAUUGUGAAAAACACAUUUCCACCUCUGGGAGAUGUUUAAAUGUGACUACCAGCGGCAGGCACCUGCUAAACCCAGCUACCUUGACCUCAGGCAACGUGUAAAGCAGGUUUCAGUCAUUGCUGCCAUCUGACCAGCUUUCACGGCUGAAGGAAAUCAUUCAGUGAACGGGGUUAUAUAAUUUGCACUCUGUCAUAUACUGAGGUCCAUUUACAUAUGGAGCUGACCUUACAUAACUGCCCCCAGAAUGCAUUUAUGCAGAACCAAAUAUGAUCCCCCCCAGCUGCUAAAGCUUUGAUGAAACACUGGCAACAGUCGAUGGAUGUAUUCAAUAUAACCCCUGCCUUUAUUUUGCUCUGCAACUGGGGCUAAAGUGUAUGUUUUACAUUGUGAAAGAAAGACAACAUCUGAGAUAUAUUUAUAAACGAGACGCAGUGAAAGUCGCAUGAAAUCUGAAGCAUCAGGAGGCUGAGGGUACGAGUGUGGAAUAUGAAAUGCACUCUUGGUUUAGCCCAUGUAGCCAUGAGAAAGGCAAAUAUUGCAGUGUUUUCAUAAGAUUUUGCAACAUCCCUUGUUAUAAAUGCAACUCUGAUCCUUUCUAGUUUUGUCAAAUGGUGUAAUCUCUGUUAUUGUAGGCAAGCUGAGCCCUCUUUUCUGCCCUUUAUUUGAUUUUUUCCAACCUACAACCACAGGAGACUGAAUUCUUUUGGCAGAUGGGAAAUCCUUUCAUCUGACGACUGGAAAUCACGAAAGAGAGACUAAAUGACAGAAAUACGGGUGGAGCUACUUGACUGAGGAGGUGACUGGAACGGACCAUCUGGAAUGUAUGAAAUAAAAAUCAGAAAAACCUGUAAUCUAUUCCAACAAUGAAAAAAAAAUACUUGGAUUGUAUUUCUUCUGCGUCUGAGAGAUGGAGAUAGCAUGUUCUGCAUGCAUGAAGCAUGUGAUGCUCUUUUAACAGAAGAUUUGUGUACAUAAUGCAAAUACUGUACAGGUCUGAGUUUUUUUUAUGUGAAAUCUACAGUCCAAGAGGUUUUGCGUGACACGUAUAGAUUAGUGGGUGAAUAGAGGGUAUGCAUUGAUGUCACUUCCCCACUGGACCACGACCAGUGGCAAAACAUCAGCAAAAACAGCUGCAACUACAG